AAUAAAACUCAUAAUUCAUAAUUCAGUUUGAAAAUAAAAAUUAAUUUGGAAAAAAGGAAGAAAACAUAAUUGUGAAGAAAAUUUAUUAAAAAAAAAAUAGAAAACAAAAUAAAAAUGAAUACCUCUAAAAGGCUCUACAUUGAAGAAUUCUCCAAAUUUCGUAAUUUUUUAAGCUGCUCAAGUGUCCAAGAUAUUGAGUAUGAAUAUCGCUGUGAAUAUGUGCGUAAUACCGCAGAAUGCCAAGAUAAAGCUUAUUUCUUUAAUUAUAUUGACAUCUUAUAUUGCUCCUUGAAUCCCACCAGUGAUGCUCAACUUUAUGCGUAUUUGAUUCUAUUCAUAUGUCUGUGUUUUAUAAUGUUUAUCAUUCUUGGAAGCACUGCCGAUAGAUUUUUCUGUCCUUCUUUGGAAAUGCUGUCGAAAGUAAUGGGUUUAAGUGAGCAUUUGGCUGGUGUUACUCUGCUGGCUUUUGGUAAUGGUUCACCAGAUCUUUUCACAAGUUUGGCCAGUAUAGAUGAUCCCACAACUACCUUGUACUCAAAUCUUCUUAGUGCUGCUAUUUAUGUCACUACCUUCGUGGGUGGUGUAAUUUGUAUUAUACGCCCCUUCCAUAUAAGUGGCAGUAAUCUUUUGCGUGAUACUACAUUCUUCAUAUUGGGUACUUUAUAUAUUGAUUAUGCUAUAGAAAGUGAUAAUUAUGUUACACGUUUAGAGGCAUUUUGCAUUAUAUCAAUAUAUCUUGCUUAUUUGGUGGUUAUACUAUUAGAUCAAUAUUUAUUGAAACGUCGUGUUAACAAAAUGGAAAAACUAAUGCUUAAAGGAACAAUGUCGGUAGUCGAAUUUAAAAAUUACACCACUUUACGCCAAGAAGCUAGUAUAGAUAUUUUAGCUCGAGGUUCCAGGGUCAUUAUAAAUAUCGACGCUACAAGAGAAUCAUUUUUUGGUUAUGAUGUCAGUCGCAAUAAACAUUUAUUUGAACAAUUGUGGCAAACCCUCAAUCCCAUAGACCCCGAAGAAUGGUCGAAAGCUGGUUGGUUUGGAAAGAGUUUAAUUUGUCUCAAGGCACCCAUGAACUUUAUAUUAACUCUAUUCAUACCCAUAGUCAACUAUGAGGAAGAGAGACAUGGUUGGUCCAAACUUUUGAACUGUGUACAAAUAGUUAUUUUGCCUUUUACCACAUUUCUUAUAAUUUUUGAAUUCCAAACCUGGCUGGGAUUUCCUAUAUGUUGCCAUACUCUGAUUUUAACCCUUCCUCUGGCAGUUAUAGCUUUUGUUUCUUCACGCACAGAUAAGGCACCAUAUUUUCAUGUGUGUAUUGCUUUCCUUUCCGCUUAUGGUUCGAUAUUCGUUAUAUAUUCCUGUGCCUCGGAAACUGUUGAAGUUUUAUAUGUCUUGGGCUUGGUAAUGAAUUGUAGUAACUCCUUUUUGGGUUGUACGUUAUUAGCAUGGGGUAAUGGCGUUGGAGAUUUGAUAUCAAAUGCCGCUUUAGCUCUUCAUGGUUAUCAGAAAAUGGCUUUUGCGGCUUGUUAUGGUGGACCAUUUUUUAAUACAUUACUCAGUUUGGGUCUAGUUUUAGUGAUCAAAACUUUAAGAAGUGAAACUGGUCAUGUGCAUAUACCUGGUGGCCCUUUGGGUGAAAAUUGUUUUAUAUUUAUGGUUAUUAUACUCUUUUGUACCUUGAUGUGGUCAAUGACCACUAAUUUUUAUGUUCGCCGCUCUGUGGGCAUAUUCAGUAUUCUGAUGUAUACUUUGUUUUUCUUAUACACGUUGCUGGGUGAAUUGGAGGUAAUACAAACAUAUGCGGAAGUCAGUGAAUAUGGUCUUGAUGAUUUUUAAACUGGUUUGUUCUUCUGUUAAAUAAUUAUAAUUUUGCAUUUUAAAAUAAAUGUUAUAUUCUGUGUUACGCGAUGAAAAAAUA